GCAACACAGACGCCUCGGGUUGCACGCGCUCCCGCCGCUCCUGCCCGCGCCCGAGCAGGGACAGCCAUGGAGGCGCGCUCCCUGCACCGCGUCGUCCUGGGGAGCCGGCGUGCCCACCGGGACUUGUCCUUCUACCUCACCACCUUCGGUCAACUGAAGCUGUCGAUUGAGGCCCAGGCCCAGGUUCUGCUGCUCCACAUCAUAGAAGGCAGAGGACUGAUGAGCAGAGAGCCUGGACUCUGUGAUGCCUAUGUGAAGAUUUCUCUGAUCCCUGAAGAUGACAGACUAUACCGCCAGAAGACACGGACAAUUCCAGACUGCAGAGACCCAGUUUUCGAUGAGCACUUCUUCUUCCCUGUCCAAGAGGCAGAUGAUGAGAAGCGGCUUCUGGUUACCGUGUGGAACAGGGCAAGUGACUCCAGACAGAGCAGACUCAUCGGCUGCAUGAGCUUCGGAGUGAAGUCCCUCCUGACUCCGGACAAGGAGAUCAGCGGCUGGUACUACCUUCUGGGGGAGGACCUGGGCCAGACCAAGCACCUGAAGGUGGCCAGGCGGCGGCUGCGGCCCCUGAGAGACCCGCUGCUGAGAAUGCCGGGAGGUGGGGACACCGAGAAUGGGCAGCAACUCCAGAUCACCAUCCCGAGGGGGAAGGACGGCUUUGGCUUCACCAUCUGCUGCGACUCUCCGGUCCGAGUCCAGGCCGUGGAUUCCGGUGGCCCGGCAGAGCGGGCAGGGCUGCAGCAGCUGGACACGGUGCUGCAGCUAAACGAGAGGCCGGUGGAGCACUGGAAAUGCGUGGAGCUGGCCCAUGAGAUCCGGAGCUGCCCCAGUGAGAUCAUCCUGCUUGUGUGGCGCAUGGUGCCCCAGGUCAAGCCAGGGCCGGAUGGCGGCAUCCUACGGCGGGCCUCCUGCAAGUCGGCACAGGACCUCCAGUCACCCCCCAACAAGCGGGAGAAGAACUGCAUGCACGGGGCCCAGCCCCGGCCCGAGCAGCGCCACAGCUGCCACCUGGUGUGUGACAGCUCGGAUGGACUGCUGCUCGGCGGCUGGGAGCGCUACACUGAGGUGGCCAAGCACGGGGGGCAGCACACCCUGCCUGCGCUUUCCCGGGCUACUGCCCCCACCGACCCCAACUAUAUCAUCCUGGCCCCACUGAAUCCUGGGAGCCAGCUGCUGCGGCCCGUGUACCAGGAGGAUACCAUCCCCGAAGAAUCAGGGAGUCCCAGUAAAGGGAAGUCCCACACAGGCCUGGGGAAGAAGUCCCGGCUGAUGAAGACAGUGCAGACCAUGAAGGGCCACGGAAACUACCAGAACUGCCCCAUGAUGAGGCCGCACGCCCCACACUCUAGCUACGGCACCUAUGUCACUCUGGCUCCCAAGGUCCUGGUGUUCCCCGUCUUUGUCCAGCCUUUAGAUCUCUGUAACCCCGCCCGGACCCUUCUAUUGUCGGAGGAGCUGCUGCUGUACGAGGGGAGGAACAAAGCUGCUGAGGUGACGCUGUUUGCCUACUCGGAUCUGUUGCUCUUCACCAAGGAAGAUGAGCCCGGCCGCUGCAAUGUCCUGAGGAACCCCCUCUACCUCCAGAGUCUGAAGCUGCAGGAAGGUUCUUCAGAAGACCUGAAAUUCUGCGUGCUGUAUCUAGCAGAGAAGGCAGAGUGCUUAUUCACUUUGGAAGCACACUCACAGGAGCAGAAGAAGAGGGUGUGCUGGUGCCUGUCGGAGAACAUCGCCAAGCAGCAACAGCUGGCAGCCUCGCCCCCGGAGAGCAAGAAACUCCACCCUUACGGCUCUCUCCAGCAGGAGAUGGGGCCGGUCAACUCAACCAAUGCCACCCAGGAUAGAAGCUUUACCUCAGCAGGACAGACUCUGAUUGGCUGAGCAAACCUAAGGGCGGGACUCUGCUUCUGGCAACUUAACCCUUUCUUGGGCAUCCCCUACCACACAGUAACCCCACGUCAACUGGACCCCAAACUGAGGACCACGGUGGUGGGCCCAUGUCAUCCAAAGGGAUGGCCCGAAGGGUGUGUGUGGACUGGCAUCAGAAGGACUCAGUGGUGUGAGAGGUCCGAUGGGCACAUGCACACUGGCACCAGAAAAUCCCCGAUGGAGAAGACUCAGAAGCUUAUCCCUUCAAGGAAGGAGGUGAAAUGGCAGCUGGGCUUCCGGGUGGAUCCAGCACCCGCCUUGGGGGCAGUGGGAGAGGCUGGGAGAGGUCACCCUGGACAGAGAAGAGCACCAUGAUCCACUGCUGCUGGAAGAUGUCUCUACCCAUUCAUUCAUUCUUCAUCUGUACCACUCAUUCAUUCAUUCAUCCAGUGGAUAUUUGGGGGACAUCUAGUUUAUGCCCAGCUCUGCACUAGGAGCUGGGGAUACUGUGGAGAACAAGGUGGAUGUGGCUCUGCCCUCAGCACGAUAUCGGGCCUAGGAGGGAGCGAGCCAUUGAAUCAGUCAACACCAACACAUACACACACACACACACACACACACACACACACACACACACACACACUUGAUUACAAACUGGGAAAGCCAAGGAAGGAAAACAGAUUAUGUUAAGAGAAUAUUGUUUAGAAUUGCUGUGUGUUCAUGCGUGUGUGUGCAUGUAUGUGUGUGUGAACAUGAUUUUAAAGCUGAGACCUGCAGGCCAGAAAGGAGUUAGCUAGUUAAGGACUUUGGAAAGAGGGUCCCAGCUGCCUGCAAUGGCAUGAAAAGAGUAUCUGAGGUGGGAGGAGCUUGGGAGACAAGGCUGUGUGGCCGUGAGGAGAAAAAGAGGUGGGUAGGGCCAGAUGAUGCUGGUCUUUGGCAGUUAAUGUUUUAUUGAUUUCAUUCUAAGUACAGUGUGAAGCCAUCAAAGACUUUGCAAAAGGGUGUCUGAGAGUCUCAGGUAAUUUUCCAGAUCAGAGAGCAGAUAGGAGGGGCCCAAGCGGGUGUGAGGAGACCAGUUAGGGAGUCUCUUCAGGGGAGGAGUGACAGUGGCCUGUCUAGAGGGCGGCUAGAGGUGUGGUUACAUGAACGCCAGGCCCUGGGGCGCAGCGAGUUCUCCCCCUCUCCUUCAUUCUCCGCGUCUGGCUCUCUCAGUGGUCAGAGUGAACACUCGACUCGGACCUUCCUCACAGAGCCUCCAGCUGGCCAGGCCUGAGCUGGGGGCCCGGGCUGAGUUCCGGGAGCGUCCCUGGGAGUUGGGAGCAGUGGGCCCUCAGCCUGGGCAAGGUGGGAAAGCACAUGGCCCUGUAGGCCUCAGUAGGGGUUCCUCUGGUUUGUUUUCUGCGGGUCUCCCAAGGGCUAGUGAAUGGGGCUGGGUGUGGCUCAGCCCCUCUAGUGGAGGCUGUCCUGCUGCAAGGCUGAAGCCAGCCUACCAUGGGGACAGUGAUGGGCACCCUUAUCCCCUUUCCCAACUGCCAUGACCCAAAGGGAGGGAGGCCUGAGGCCACGCGCACAAAAGAACAUCUGUCGGGUCAGGGUCAUUGGCAUGGGAAAAGCAGGCUGGAGGGGCUGGAGAGAUGGCUCAGGCCGGAUAAGCCCUGAUCCUUGGACACGCUGGGUUGUGUCCUGUAAGACCUUCCCAGCGUCUCCUGAGAGGGGCUCUUGUGGUUUUGUGAGUUUGCUCAGCUGCUUUGGCCACUUGAACCCCAAAAAGGGUGUCUCAGAAGAGAAUAUGUCCCUUAUCCCCCACAUACCCCCCUUCCCAGCUUGGAAAGAUGAGACGUGUGGGGUCAGCAGUCUAUCAGGAGGCGGGGCCAGCAGAUGCCCUGCCCAGUGGGGGCUGGGCUCUGUGAGAGAUGCACAGGCUCCCAGCCACGGCUCAGCCCACGGGGUUAACUUGAGAGGCUGAGCAGCAAGCUGCACUUUGAUUUCAUUUGAUUCCCUUACCAAUGACAUUAAGGGGUGCCUGAGGCCCAGGAGCACCACCCAUCUGGGAAGGCAGCAGCUCAUCUGUCUACCAGCCAGGUGCAGAGGAAGGAGCUCUGACCUCAAGGAAUUGGAGACUCUGAACAAAUGCAGCACCCAAUCCUGGGCCCAGGGCUUUGCUCCCAGCUCGUCCUGACAGGCGGCUGCUUCAAGUGGAUGCCCACGUCCGGGCUCCGGGCCCGGCUGGCCGCAGGGGAAGCGGACAUCAGCACCCGGUGGGCGGCGGGCAGGUCUGCCCACCGACUGUGGUGAGCCACAGCGCCAUCACCGCUUGCCUCGCAAAUCGAUGAGACAAUUAAUUUGGCUCCAUGGGCUGGAGAAGAUGAAAUAUGACUUGGUGGCCACUGCUCUUCAGCCUCCCAGACCCUCCCACCUGUCCAGGAUGAUGAACAAGCUAUCGAGAUUGCAUUUAAGAGGCAUAAUCACGGGAAGCACUGCCCAGCCCCUCCCCGCCACAUCCAUCACAUCAGCUAAGAGGCACACAAUGGCCUCUUUCCUGAUGGGCCGAUUGUCUUGGGUUGGUGUCUGGGGCCCAGGAGCUGGGAGGAGGGGAGCACAACCAUUUAUUGUUGAAAAGGCCAUCUGUGCAAUUUGAAUACAAAGUGAUCCUUUUAGUCCCCCCACCCCACCCCACUCCAGUGAUCCCGUUUGCAGGUUUUCUUAUGUCUCCUGCUCUGGGUGUUUGAAAUUCUCUCCUCUGAAAUGCCUUUCCUGGGAGCCAUCAAGCCUGGGUCUCUGCUGGCCUGGGUCUUUUGGCCCUUUGUCACUGGAGACAACGUGGACCUAUUGGAAAUAAUGAUGAUAUUUGUUUAUGUCUGUCUUGGUUUUUAUUCUUUAUUUAAAAACUUUUUUUCCCCAUAAAUUCUGCCACCAAAGCUUUUGUUUCUCAUACUCGGUACCAAGAAUGCUCUGCAAAGUGAAGGUGCAGGCUUUUGGCAGCAUGCGUGGGAGGGUUCCCCGCAGUUGGAGCCCCAGAGGCCUGCAUGGGCUUUGGUAAUGGCAACUGGGUCCCCAGGCAUUAUCUGCCCUAGGCCUGCCCGUUUGACAGAUGAGGGGACCAUGGUUCAGAGAGGUUAAAUGAUUUGCUCAAGGUCACACAGCUGAUAAGAGGCUGAGCUAGUCACCAAACCAAGGCCUUUCCACCUCUCCAGAUGCAAAGGUUUUCCUUUUAGGAAUGGAAACAAGGGAAAUCAGUCAUCUCUUGGAGGAGGAUAUCUGACUUGUCAGAAGUUGUGGUGCAUUCAAUGUCUAGAGGGGAUACUUUUACUUUUAGGAUAAAUAAAAUAAGAUGCCUUCUUUACCCAGUGAAGAAUAAACUUCCAGAAUUCACUUCCCUGAGAGGUGGCUCAGGCUAAAAAGAUAACAUCUUCAUGCAAGAUUUAAAGGAAGUCUGAUGAGAAAGGCAAGGUUGAGCUCCUUAAACAGGCUUGCAGAGGGAUUUGGGGCGGUCUGGUAUGUCCCGUCCCCUUUUGAGUUUGGCUUUCAAGAGGAUGAGCAGACUCAUUGUUGGGGUACCGGGAAGCUAAAGGGGCAUUGGCCAAAGGCAGAAAGCGACAGCUUCAGGUUCAGGCCUGGGUACAAAAGGAGGCUCUUUGACCUGAGCCAGUGCAGGGUGGGGAGAAAACCUGCCCUCUCUGGCUCCACCGGGUUUGGUGCCCAGAUUUCGCUAUUGGACUGAUAUUUCCAGUUUAAGUGGACGAGUAACUGGGAAUCAAACGGUUUAGAUUUCAGACAUCUCCCAAAGAAGCAGCCUCUUUUCCCUAAAAAGCUCAGCUGUCUUCCUGUCUGCCUCCAGCCUUCUUCCCUCCCUCUCUUUGGCUGCAAAAAGCUCUCUGCUGCUCUGGCUGGGGAUAGACUGCCGCCUUCGACGUCUUGCCCUCGGUGCCAGCCAUGUUGCUACUCAAGGAAGACAGCACAUUUCUUCCCUCUAUCCUGUCUUGACUUUGUCUUCCUAAGCCUUACCCUGAACAGGGGCAUCGUCUUCUGAUUUGUUCUUGAUCCUUGGUUCAAAGGUAAAAUGCUACUACCAUUUUACCAGGUAAUUUUUAGCAAGCACUUUUCCUAUGAGCCAGGCACGAGGUUAAGCUUUUACCUACAUUAUCUCAUUUAAUCCUCAUCACAACCUCAGAGUGUUAUCCCCAUUAUGUGCCCAAUUUAUAGAUGAGCCCACUGAGCCUUAAUGAAGUUAAGAAACUUUCCCAAGGUCUUGCAGCUAGUGGGUAGCCAGGAUUGGAACCUGGGCAGCCUGGUUCCAGAGCUUUUGACUCCUCAGCUAUACUGCUUUCCAGCAAUUGUGGACCACCCAGGCUGGGAGGGGCUGGGGAGACUGAGCAGCCACCUCAGCUUACAGACCAUUCUGGGAGACCGUUGUCUUCAGAAUAAAGCCCAGGUGUUGGCUGACUCUCCAGGCUCUCCCCAGUCCCACCACACUCUUGCUUUGCCCCCUACACUGGAUUAUUGCCUCCUCUCUAAACUCACCACGCGCAUUCACAAUUGGGCUGUUUCUUCCAUCUGACAUUGCCUGCCCUUCUUUGCUGUUCCUGCCGGGUGCAAACCUCCUUAACCUUCAAGGCUUAGCCUCACUGGCACCGCCUCCGGGACACUUUCUCAGGCGUGCAUCAGCAGCCAUCGCUUCCCCCUCUGUGGUUCUGUAGCAUUUGUUCAUCCUUAGCAUGUCACGUCAGGCAGUCUCACCUGUAAGACCAUGAGCUCCUUGGGAGCAAGUGGAGAUCAUGUUUUAUUUAUCUUCUAUUUUCUUAUUGCCUGUUCCUUCGUCAAAUUGAAUUAGGUCAUCCAGUUCAACUCUCUUGUGUUCUGGAAUCUAGACGCGGGAACUAAGGCUCAGAAGGAGAAAGCCACCUGUUAAGAGUCAUGGGGCAAACUAGUGUCAGAGCUGGGACCAGAACUCAGUUCUCUUGGCCCAGAGCUUUUCCUGUUGCACGUCAGCUUUGUAGGGACCAGAGCAUGAUCCCCACUUGGUUUAUUAAGCAAUCCUGGCCAGGCUCACUCAGGGUCAUGAUCAUCACUGUAUUCCCACGCCAACUCCUGGGUCUCCUUGGAGGGAAAGGAGGCCUGCUCAGGACCACUCCUGUGGUUCUCUCUCCCAGGCUUGGGGAUGGGUUGUUCCCCUUUCACUGAGGCCCUCUCCCUUAGAGAAAACCAGAAUAGAAUUCUGAAGAUCUUCAUUCUAAUGCUGAUUUUCCUGGUAAUUCACUGUGACCUUGGACAAGUUACUUCACCUCUUAUAUCAUUAGUUUUUUAAUUAAAAAAAAAAAAUGAGGUUAUUGAACUAAAUGAUCUCCAGGAGUUAUCUGAUUCCAAAACAUAAGGAUAUAAAGAUAAAUAUAAAGUACCCCCCCACACUCCCCACCCCAGAAAGGAUGAAGAAUUGGUUCAGGUUCUUCAUCACAGCCACUGUCUCAAGCCGCUUGUGGUGGUCCAUUGAAUCAGUUCUCUGAGGGGUUUCAGAGGGGAGAGUAGACAGAGUCCAAACCCUCAGGACUCUUAACAGGCUCAAGGGAGAAAGAAAACAGACAUCUGAGUCUUCACAUUGAAACAAGAGUAUGUGUGUGGAUAUGUGGAAAUAUGCAUAUGGGUCAGUAGUCAUCAUGUAGACGUAAAACAUAGCUGUAUCUGUGGUUCUCAUACAGUAAGAGGUCCUGAUCAUAGACACCCAAAUUAUAAGCACACUCCUGCCCCCUCCUCACCCAAAAGUGCCUCUUUCCUGGUUCCCCCUUUGGAGGCCAGCACAUGGAGCUCACCACCCCAGUAUCUUCCAACAUCCCUCAUUCCCUUCCUCUCAGAUGGAGGGGUACACGCUGGAUUCUUUUGCUUGAACUUCACAUGCAUGUGUAUGCAAGAAUAUGCUUUAACCAUCCCAAUUGCCCGUCUCUGCCAUAAGGCUCAGUUCCAAAUGAAAUUUGUGGAAAUCGAGAAGAGCCUUUAGUUUCUGGUAUGGUCAGAAGACUCCUUCAGACUCUUCCCCAGAAGUUGCCAUUGACUUUCUCAUGGCCUUUAAAACACAUCUUCUUUUGCACAAACAACACUAUUUAAGAUAAAUUUCCUAAAAAGCUGUCUUUUGAUGUUAGUAGUUUUCUGUUUUGCUUAAAUUCUACUCUUGCAAUAAAUCCAGUUGGCUGUUGUUUCUCCUUGGUGGAAGAAUGUUAAGGGGUCAGUUGGCUAGCCCAGGAAGGUGGCCACUACUUACAACACAGUUUUCAACAGGAAAAUGCAUUCCAGGGUGCAACACAUACUCAAAGGCAGAGGAUAUAGUGUUUAUUUUAUGAGCACCAGAAAAUUUUUGUAGAACCAUAGAAUCCUUGAGCUGAAAGGGCCCUGCACCACCUCCCUCCCAAAAUAAAUUGACUAGCAAGCAGAUUUGUAGAAACCAAGGUCAAGAAAGGUGUAAAACCUUGGUCAAGGACACACAGACAGUGCUCGAGCUGGAACUAGGACCCAAUAACCUGACUUCUAGCCCAGUGCUCCUCUUUCAGUGACUUUUGAAGCUUCUGCCAGGUUGGAGGCUGGGGGUGCAGGGGCACAGAUGGCCUUAGAGGAGCUCUCGCCACCUCACUUAGCAGCCCAGUGUGUUGUCGGGAAAUGUAAGCCACCACUUAGGGCUGUAAUGGAAAGAGUGAGAAAUCAGCCCAGCUCAUGGUGUGGGGCGAGGUUGUCUAGUCGGCUAGCUUGUCUAUAAAUUCCUGGUGUGUCCUUGCUGGAGCGGAAUGAAUGGGGCUGCUGUGUCUUACCUGGAGCUCCAGGCAAGCAGGACCGGCAGAGAUGUUCCCUGUGGUCUGUCCCCAAAAUAGCAGUGGAAAUGGAGCUCAGGGAAAGAGGAAGGGGUGCCUCGGGAGUCGGAUGGGGCGCCUCACCCCUUUCCCCUUCCUGCCAGGCCCUGCAUGAGGAAGUCCCACAGAUUCACAGAAUUUGAGGCCUGGGAGAGUCCUGGAGCCAUCGUGCCUCACACCCCUUCCUCCUACAGAUGAGGAGGCCCCAGAGGCCCAGGGAGGGGAAGGGACUGGCUGGCGGUCACCAAGCCCAGGGAGAAGGUCCAGGAUGGCACACUGCUUUACUCCUGCUGUUUCAGCGGGGUGGCUGCAGGCCUUGUGAGGUUUUCUCUCACCGUCUCUGGGCGCCCACAGGGCCUGGGAACUCCUGGGGCCGGAUGUGGUCCGGCUUCCUGAGAGUCGUCCAGCAGGCGAGGCGUCCCCCGGCCAGUCGGCCCUGGGCCCUGACCUCAGCCAGCUGACCUGCCAGCACCACGCCUUCACCGCACUGGUGUCCCCACCCUUGCUGACUUGGCCUUCUGUCGCCCCUGCACUGUCUGCAGGGAAGGAGGCAAGUGCAAAAUGCGCACGUAGUAGGUACUGGUCAGUAGAAGCUGUCAUCACGAAAUCCAGUGGGGAAGGUGGGCUUGGGUUUCUGCAACCCCCUUCCUGGGAGUCUCCAUCCAAAGGGGCAUGGAGGUGAUUUUGUGUAUGUGUGUAUGUGUGUGUGUGUACUCUUGUUGUUUAUUAUGAAGAAAACAUUUAAUACAGAUGAACGAGGAGGAAGAAAUCAAGUUCACCCUUAAUCCCAGCACCCAGAGAUAACCUGUUAGCAUUUUGGAGUGUAGCCUGUCAUUUAUACACACAUAUAUCUUAUUUGCAAAUUGGGGUUUACUGGUGUGCAUAAUUUUCUAACCUGCUUUUUUCCAUUUAACAAUGUAGUGCUUUAUGUUUCCGUGUCAAUAAAUAUUCUUUUGCAACGUCA